AUGCGACGAACUCAUCUCGGGGUGAGUAUCAAGGUGUGUACAGGGCGAGAGGGCGCUAUUCUGAACAGCCAUCUCAGAGACUUCCCGGAAGCUCUUCGUGUGACCUCCAAGGCGAAGUUUGGGUUCGCUGGGGACCUAGGUGAUCUGUAUGCCCGAGGACGCCAUCUACUUCGGGAGAGCAUCCAGUGCGGCGUCACGAGCAUGAGAGCUCAUGUCGAAGUUGACAGGACUGUAGGCUUCGCUUGCGUAGAUGUGGGUCUCCGAUUGAAGGAGCAUUUCAAAGACACAUGUGAUAUCCAACUUGCUGCAUUUGCUCAAGACCCCUUGUAUGCAGCUGGAAGCAAGGAACCGUCUGAUAACCUGAGAUGGCUCGAACAAGCUGCUGCAAAGGACGGUGUAUCUGUUAUUGGCUCUGCGCCCUACGUCGAGCCCUCCCUCGAACAGGCAAAAAUGAACAUCAUCCACAUUCUCGACCUAGCCGAGGCUCACACUCUCCACGUCGAUUUCCACCUGGACUAUAAUGCUGACCCGGCCACCGAGCCUCUCGUCUGGUUUGUGUUGGAUCAGCUACGUGCCCGUCGCUGGACCGAGCGAAUCGCAAAGGGUUUACCAGCACACAUUACCAUCGGCCACGCAACUCGACUGUCCUUAUUCUCGGCCGAAGAGUGGCAAAUCCUUGCACGCUCCGUCAUCGACUUACCUAUCUCUUUUGUAGCUUUGCCACAGAGUGAUCUGUAUAUGAUGGGUAGAACCGAAGAUACGCUGCCUGGACUGGGGCCACGCAGAUACACUCUAAAUGUACCGCGACUAAGGAAGCAAUUCCGCUUGAACAUUGCCAUGAGCAUCAAUAAUGUUCAAAAUGCAUUCACCCCGCAAGGUUCUGUUGAUCCCCUUGCACUUUGUCCUCUAGGAGUAGCUGCUUUUCAAGCUGGAACUCCGAGAGACUGCAUGAUUCUCCUGGAGGCAGUCUCUCGGGAAUCAAAACGGGCAAUUGGAGACACGAACGUGCCGAGAGGUCUUGUGUUAUCCGAGGGCGAUCCCGCCGACUUUGUCCUUCUACAUGCCAACAACUCUGCUCAUUCUGCGGCGCUCAAUCCUUGCUGGGAACGGACGACGAUUAAAGGCGGUGCCGUUGUUGGUGGUAGACGAGCUCACGUCUGGACGGUGUAGCGUCUGUCGUAUGGUGCAUUGUCUGCACAUUAAACGCGACUCGGACGACUCCUUUCCUCGAACUUUUAUUCAUGUUGAAGUCUCGUACUACUGCUCUAGGACCACGCUAUGUCCCACUCCAAUAUGUCAAAUACUUUCUCUCGGCGUCCCGUGCUCGAAUAUAAAUAUGGUCACGCA